AUGCAACCUUUCAACAAGUAUUACCCUCCCGACUGGACGCCUGAAAAGGGAUCGAUCAAUAAGUUUGUGGGAAAACACGCACUAGGCGAUCGAGCUCGCAAAAUCGAUCAAGGCAUUCUUGUUGUUAGAUUUGAGUUACCGUUUAACAUAUGGUGUACUUCUUGUAACAAUCACGUAGGCAAAGGUGUUCGCUAUAAUGCGGAAAAGAAAAAGAUUGGCAACUAUUAUAGCACGCCAAUAUGGCAAUUCCGCAUGCGAUGUCAUUUAUGCAGCAACUGGAUUGAAAUACACACGGACCCAAAAAACACAGAGUUUGUGGUUGUGGAUGGCGCACGACGGAAGGUCGAGGAAUGGAAAGAAGAAGAUACCGAAGUGAUCAAAUUACAAGAUCAGGAAACCAAAGAAAAACUCGAAAGUGACCCAAUCUAUCGAUUAGAACAUGGGGUCAAGGACAAGCAGAUCGAAAAAGAAAGCUUACCCGUAUUGACGCACCUACAACAUUUGCAAGACGACCAAUGGAGCGACCCAUAUACCCGUUCACAACAACUCCGGCGCAAGUUUCGUGAACAGAAAAAGAAGGACAAGUUGGAAGAACAAGAGACUGAUAAAUUACGAGAUAAACAUUCCCUCCAUAUCCCACUAUUACCCGAGAGCUCAAGUGACCGUCUGGAGGCUGAAAUGGUCGAAUAUGCGGGUAAGUCUUUCUUAAUCAAGUAA